AGACCUUAUUCUGAACCGGGGAAAAAGUCAAGUUAGAAAUUUGGUUGCAAUUCUUAUUUGGAAUUUAAUAAGUAAGCAAUAUCGAAAUGCAAUUUCAUCUAAUAUUGUACAUAUAACUUUGCCCGAACAUACAUCUGCGUGUAAUAGAUCAUUCUUACCCCUUUUGAAAUCGUGCAUGCAAACGCGUUUUCGAUCGGGACAACGUUUCUGGUCGGUAUGGAAUAAGCCCUAACGCGCGUUCGUGUAACUGGCUGCAAAAACUGCCGCGAAGGAGGGGGCAAGCAAAAACCUUGAACUUGCUUUUGACCAUCAACGCACACGAGUCAGCUGACGACGGGCACCCAUUCGUCGAAGGUGAAUGGAUUACGCGUCGUCGCGGUCUUGCGCUUCUCCCGGGACCGGUCGGCGUUGGCCUACUUUAAGUUUAUUGAUUUUUCAUCUCCGCUUCCAGUGUGCAUGGCAGUAGCAUGGUCGGUCGCGCCACGUAUGAACCUCUCUUUCCGCUAACUGUCUGCUACCGCCGCUCCAACACUAGUCGACCCACACACCCUCACCAUGUGGUGGAAAUUCAUCGUCGAGGUUACGAAUGAGUACAAGAUCCUGCGGGGCAUGAUAUCGUACUCGGCGCUCUGGCCGAUCGGGUGCCUUAUUCAGCAGACGUUCGAGGGCAAGCGGUUGAAGAACUACGACUGGGAGCGAUGCUUACGCUACAGCCUAUACGGUACGUUCGUGUCCGCGCCGAUGCUCUACUGCUGGAUGCGAUGCGCCAACAUAAUGUGGCCCCGGACGGACUUUCGGUCGUCGUUGGCGAAAGCGUUCACCGAGCAGGCUGCAUACGACCCGUUCGCCAUCGUGCUGUUCUUCUACGGCAUGAGCAUCCUGGAGCGCCGGUCGCAGCAACAAGCUGGUGACGAGGUACGGGACAAGUUCUGGGACACCUACAAGGUCGGGUUCUUCUACUGGCCGAUGGUGCAGACGGUAAACUUUUCGCUGGUCAAACCCAAGAACCAGAUCGUCGUGGCCGGGUUCUUCAGUCUCAUCUGGACAACGUUUCUGGCGUACGUAAAGACGAGCAAAAAGCAGACCCCCGAGUUGACAGCAGCGAUGUAGAACUGUAAAAAUUCUUUCGACUUUUCCGAUUGGUUACAACAGUGGUAGACUGAUUUAGGUUGUUGCAAUGUAUCUCUAAAGAGCUACUGUAAAGUGUAUCCCUCGACGAUGGUGCUAAUAAAUAUAUAGUUUAUAUUUAU